AUGGCCGCUUUCUCAGCUGCCAUUGCUUCGUGUAAGACGGGCGGCAUCCGAUGCACCUCGCUUUUGUCCUCGAAUCACGCCUCUUCAUCCGGCCUCCACAAUUUGGCCCAUCGUUCGUCCCUUGCGCCGGCGUGCGGCUUGCAAACCGGCACCCUUGGCCAAACGCCUGCCUCCCCUUCUGAUUCGACGCCUGCGUUUUUUUCUGCAACACACACGCAGACAAAGAGCCUUUGUAGGAUUUUCUCUCCCAUUGCCGGAUCUCCCGCUGGUGACGAGGCUCUCUCGGACUUGCGCGGAUGUAGCCACCACGAGGCAAGAGAAUGGCGAAACGCCCAGAACGUAUUCAGCCUCGGCACCUUGCCGGCCUGUUUUCGACUGGCUGCACAAUGGGUGACGACGCAACGCUCCAGCGAAGAAUUGUCAGCCCGCCGUAGUUUGUAG